AUGAAACAUCUGGUACUGGGUGGCACAUUGACUUCUUUUCAAUAUUCCAAGCUCCCAGUGUUCGCUAUGCAAGCUUUCAUUACUUUUCUGUUAAAAAAUGCUUACCGUAGUGUCCGUAAACAUCAAUUAGUCAUAACCUCAGUGGUUAAUAAAGCUCAACACGUGAUUCACGAAUUACUGUUGCAUCGCUCAAGCACUGUAUGGAUCCAGGCCGCGAUGACCCCUUCGGUCAGUGGCCUGUUCACUCUCAUACCACCUUCAAUCGCCCGAUUGCUACUUCUGAAUAAUGAAUGGCAGCUAGAAACAGUUACCAAGAAGUUCCUCACGGACCCCAUUGAACUCUUGGUUGAGCAACACAUUGUGCCUCCGAGGUCAGCCUCUCCAACGGCCUCUGACAGUCCUUCAGUUAUGGCAACUAUUCGCGCGAUUCAGCGAAAAAGCUUUCCUGUUCAUCCCUACUUAAUUCCACCAAAAUCAAGCGCAGAUUCUUCGUGUGUUAUUUGCUUCUCUACACCAUCGCCAAACGGUCCAAAGCUUGAGUUUUUCCCGGAGUAUUCGGAAAAGCCGGUUGCUAAUCCUCCACAUGUGUUGGGAACUGGUGCGGUGGGAUCCGGUAUGACGGAACGUUCUGUCGACGCAUGUUCUGCUUCCGGUCUAUACGGUCUGUCAUGUGGUCAUCGAUUCUGUGCGGACUGUUGGUCUUCAUAUCUUGUAUUACAAGUUAGCGAAGCCAAUAGCACAGACAUGAGGUGUAUGGCAACUUCUUGCGAUAUAUUUGUCCCAGAGGACUUCCUCUUGACCAUAUUGAAAGGUUCUCCGAUGAAGGACAAAUAUCUCAAAUUUAUAUUCAGACAAAUGGUUGCAAGUCACCCGUUGUUGCGGUUUUGCAGUGGUGUCGAUUGUUCGGUUGUUAUACACGCUCUGGAACCUCCGAAAGCUCGUCGAGUUAAAUGCAGCAAUUGUCACGAGCAGUUUUGCUUCCUGUGUGGUGAGGCUUAUCAUGCUCCUGCCAGCUGUGAUACCAUGAAACGCUGGUUGCUGAAGUGUCGGGAGGAUUUGGGUACAUCGACUUACAUGCAGGCUCAUACAAAAGAUUGCCCCGAGUGUCACGUGUGCAUUGAGAAGAAUGGAGGCUGCAAUCACAUGGUAAGUAAUCGUUUGAGUGCACUCGUCUUCGAGUUUAUUUUGACUGACUUUCAUCAAGGCUACUAUUAG